GCACUGCAGCAGCAGCGCGGGACCACAGCCGCUUCGGAAGCACCUCUCCCGCAGUUAUGGAGAAAAUUUCUACAGAUGCAUUUCCUCUCACUAUGCAUUCUUCAGAAAAGCAAGAAACUGUAUGCAUUUUUGGAACUGGAGAUUUUGGAAGAUCACUGGGACUUAAAAUGCUCCAGUGUGGUUAUUCUAUUGUUUUUGGAAGUCGAACCCCCCAGAUGUCCAGCCUGCUGCCCAACGGUGCAGAGGUCAUGAGCUACUCUGAUGCAGCCCAGAAAUCUGACAUUAUAAUCAUAGCAGUACACAGGGAACAUUAUGAUUUUCUCACAGAAUUAACCAAUGUUCUCAAUGGGAAAAUAUUGGUCGACAUCAGCAACAACCUCAAAAUCAAUCAGUAUCCAGAGUCAAAUGCAGAGUACCUUGCUCAGUUGGUGCCGGGAACCCAUGUGGUAAAAGCAUUUAACACCGUCUCAGCCUGGGCUCUCCAGUCAGGGGCACUGGAUGCAAGUCGGCAGGUGUUUAUCUGUGGAAAUGACAGCAAAGCCAAGCAAAGAGUGAUGGAUGUCGUUCGUAGUCUUGGACUUACUCCACUGGAUAAAGGAUCUCUCGUGGCAGCCAAUGAAAUUGAAAACUACCCACUACAGCUAUUUCCAAUGUGGAAGUUCCCCUUCUAUUUGUCCGCCAUUCUGUGUGUCUUCUUCUUUUUAUACUGUGUAAUAAGAGAAGUAAUCUACCCUUAUGUUUAUGAAAAAAGAGACAGGACAUUCCGUCUGCCUAUCUCUAUUCCAAAUCGUGUCUUUCCAAUAGCAGCACUCACACUGCUCGCCUUGGUUUACCUCCCUGGUGUUAUUGCUGCCAUUCUGCAGCUGUACCGAGGUACAAAAUACCGCCGAUUCCCAGACUGGCUUGACCACUGGAUGCUUUGCAGAAAACAGCUUGGCUUGAUAGCACUGGGAUUUGCCUUCCUUCAUGUCCUCUACACACUUGUGAUCCCUAUUCGUUAUUAUGUACGAUGGACGUGGAACAACAGAACCGCUACCCAGGCAAUAACCAAGAAAGAAAAUCCGUUUAGUACCACUACCUCCUGGCUCAGUGAUUCAUAUAUCGCUUUGGGAAUGCUCGGAUUUUUCCUGUUUGUACUCUUGGGAAUCACUUCCUUGCCAUCAGUUAGCAACAUGGUCAACUGGAGAGAGUUCCGAUUUGUCCAGUCCAAACUGGGUUAUUUGACCCUGAUCUUGUGCACAGCCCACACCUUGGUGUACGGUGGGAAGAGAUUCCUCAACGCUUCAAACCUUGUGUGGUAUCUCCCUUCAGCCUACGUGAUUGCGCUGAUCAUCCCUUGCACAGUGCUGGUGAUCAAGUUCAUCCUCAUCCUGCCAUGUAUAGACAAGACCCUUAUGCGGAUCCGCCAGGGCUGGGAAAGGAACCCGAAAUACUCAGAAUCGGCAUUGAAUGGGAAAACAGAUAUUUAA